AUGACGAUGAGUAUUAGGCUUCUCUUCCUCACUUUCCUUCUCCUUGCUUCACCUUUCCUCCAAGCUGCUCUGUCCCAAUCGGAUUCGGAAGAUUCCGGGUUUGAAGUUUCCGAUGUUAGCGAAGAAGAGAGUGAUGCAGAUGAAGUCUUUGGUUUAGAACUUAACUCAGCUCCUGGAAUCGAAACCCUUUGCGUUUUCCCCAAAAACAGCGCAAAAAUAAUAAAAGCUGGAAUUGAUACUGAGCUGCUCGUUGGAAUGAAAAACGAUGGUCAAUCCAAUGUCGAUAUCGUUGCGGUUAAAGCCGGUUUACAUCUUCCUUUCGAUCAGAAGCCUCUUGUUCAGAAUCUCACCUCUCUGAGCUUCAGCAACGCAUCUGUGCCAACUUCUGCUCAAGCUACCUUCCCAUAUAUUUUUGCUGUCAGCAAGUUCCUCCAGGCGGGUGCGUUUGAUCUUGUUGGCACCAUCAUCUAUGAGAUAGAUGGUAAGCAAUACCAAAACACUUUCUACAAUGGAACCAUCGAAGUUGUUGAAGACGGUCCUCUCUUCAGGAUGGAGUCAGUCUUCCUAAUCGGCCUUUUGAUUUCGAGUAUCAUUGCUCUUACAAUCUAUAUCCAAAAUGCUUUGAAGCAUAUGACCAAGAAAACAAAAAGAGCACCAAAAAAAGUUGAAGUUGGAACUGCAACCAAAGAUGCUUCGCUUGAUGAAUGGCUUGAGGGUACUGCGUAUACUCAGUCUUCAAGCAAGUCAAAGAAGAAGAAGUAG